CCAUGAUGGGGCUUUCGAUUGACCCAAUCCACCAACCGGGUCGUCGGCGUCCCUCCGCGGCUAAGGUAGUUUGGCUUGUGCUUUCCCACAGGCACAUGAGCCUCGUCAAUUCAAGUCAAAGAGACCCAGUCGUUUAGUGUGUGCGGUUGAUUUGCGGAGUUGAGGGGACGAAAGAUAUUGAUAAGUGGCGACCAGACGGGUUAACCUAACAGGUUGUUGCUAUUACAGUACGAUGGUACCGUGGAUUGAGUCGAUGGGGUGAUGCCAAUACGGUUGUAGUUGAAUAUAUGUUCCUUGAUUUCCGCGGUAGGACUCCUUCUCGCAGACUUGGGCCUAUACCUCUCUCCAUACAAUUACAACAUCGUUAUCCGGCAAUCGACAAGACACCAACCUUGAACGGAUUUCCUGGUUUGCUACGUCGGGCGGCUUCCUGGUUGUGGGAUCAGAGGAAUACUUUCAACGACCUUCUUUCCCGAGAUUGGUUUCGCUAGGCGACUGCUCAAUUCGCAUCAGACAAGGCUGUCGUGACUUGUUCACGGGGACGAGGCUGGUGAGAAGCUACUGCGGAGGUGACGAUUAGGAAGGCAACGACGGCGCCAUAAUUGACACGAUAUACCGCCUGCGUACGCGUACGUACUCGACAGACUCAAAAAUGUCGGUGUCAAAAGACUCGAGUUUCCUCAUUGUCGGCGCCGGGACCUGGGGUACUUCGACGGCUCUCCACCUGCUGCGUCGGGGUCACAAAAACGUGACACUGAUUGACCCUUACCCGGUGCCGUCGCCGCUCAGCGCGGGCAAUGACGUGAACAAGAUUGUGGAGCAAGGCAACUUUUCCGAUGGAGACGAUGAGGCGUGGGUGUCUCGGUACCUGCUGAGAGCGGCCACGGAAGGAUGGACCAAAGACCCCGUGUUCACGCCAUAUUUCCACGACACGGGAUACAUAGUGGCGGCGAGCACCAAGGACGGAUUGAAGAAGCUGCACGACCGCGAGCGGCCGGACCUCAACCCAGAGUUUGUCGAGUUGGCCAAUGCCGAGGACUUCCGCAAGACGAUGCCGCAGGGCGUAUUGCAGGGCAACUUCCCCGGCUGGAAGGGCCUGUACAAGCGCACCGGCGCCGGAUGGGUGCAUGCACGCAAGGCUCUUGUGUCGUGCUUCAACGAGGCGACUAGGCUGGGUGCCAAGUUUGUCGUGGGGGAUGUCAAGGAGCUGAUCUUCGAGAAUGGCGACGUCAAGGGUGUCCGCACCAAAGAUGGCCGCGAGAUCCGGGCCGACUACACUAUCCUGUGUGCCGGCGCCAAUGCCAACCAGUUGCUCGACUUCAAGGACCAGCUGCGUCCGACGGCAUGGACGCUGGCUCAUAUCCAGAUGACGCCGGAGGAAACAAAGUUGUUCAAGAAUUUGCCCGUGUUGUUCCACAUUGAAAAGGGGUUCUUCAUGGAACCGGACGAGGACAAACAUCAGCUCAAAAUGUGUGACGAACACCCUGGUUACUGCAACUGGGUGGACAAAGAUGGCAACAAGCAGAGCAUCGCCGUCCCCGUCGAGCAGCUGCCCGUUGAUGCCGAACAGCGAUGUCGAGAGUUCCUGCGAGAAACCAUGCCGCAGCUAGCCGACAGGCCGUUCGUGCUGGGUCGUCUGUGCUGGUGCGCAGAUACCCCGAACCGCUCGUUCUUGAUCGAUCGUCAUCCCCAGCAUCCGUCUUUGAUCAUCGGUGCAGGUGGCUCCGGCCACGGGUUCAUGCAUAUCCCUACCGUCGGCGGGUUCAUCGCCGAUGUCAUCGAAGGCAAAUUGCAUCCCAAGUUGAAGCAGUCGUUCAGAUGGAGGCCAGAGACGGCUGUGCAUAGGAACUGGAAUGAUACCCAGGGAAGAUUUGGCGGACCCAAUCAGAUCAUGGAUCUGCAGAAAGUCAAGGGAUUCACCAAUAUCCCUAAGGAGGAUGGACAGGCAAAUGGCGUUGGAGCUGCUAGACAGGCCAAGCUGUAGAUAGACAUUGAUCUCUUGAGUUUGGGCAGGCAGAAUGCCGCAGUGCCAUGCUGAUAUUGGGUCAUGGGCGAGACUCGGAGAAUGGAGCGACAUACAUUUCUGGUUUAGAUUAUGCAAAUAAGGAAUUGUUGCACUGCG